GGCGGGAGCGGCCGGCGGCGCGGCGGCGGCUGUCAGUCUGUGCCGAGUGAGCGCGGUGGCAUGGCGUCCCUGUCAGCGAUGCUUCCGUACGAGUCGGCGGGAAUCUUUGAGCAGCCGAAGCAGAAGUUCGCCUUCAAAGUGCCGCGCGUGGUCUCCGACCAGAAGGGCAAGUUCGAGCAGGAUGACUGGUUCAAGAAGGUGACACGUGCCUCGGAGGCGAGGUACACCGGAAACCGCGAGAGGCCCAUGGAGGAGCGCAGGGCCAAGUUCCAGAGUGAUCUCAAGACCAACGGCCGCACUGAGCUGGCACUGACUCAGAACGGGCUAAACCUCAUCCUGGAGUUCGACAUUUCACCAAACGGCUACACGGGCCGUGCGCCGGACGUGGACUUCGCCAAGGAGCCGGGAAUGGUCCACCUCACCUCCAAGAGCAUCAUCCUGAACGGCGUGUGCGUCAGGUGGCGGGGCGUCUUCAACCUGGAGAGCCUGAACGGCACCGGCUCCAUCGAGUUUGACGACGAGAUGGCCCAGGAGGAGGAUAACCGUCUGAGGCAGCAGAUGGAGUACUAUAAUCAGAGGAUACGCGACUUCAAUGACCGACAGAAGUACAAACGAGAGGCCGACUGACCGGGUAGAUGGCCGCGACUGACGGUGUGAUAUUGGGUGUACCAUUGACGCAGAGGCGGCGCCAGGCGACUGCGGAGGGCGGCACCGGCCCCCCACCAGGGGCGGCGGCAGGCGGCAGUGGGGUCGCACCGCCGGGCGGCAGACGGCAGGCGCCGCGGACCGUGCAAUAGCCGCGCCUGGCCGCCGCCCGCCGCGGCGGUGACCUGGGACCGGUCGCCAGUGACCUGUAACUGCAGUGACCUGGGCGCCGCCGCCCCUCACUAUGAGCCGGUCCGCCCCCGGCCUGUACCUAUGUAUGUAUUGAGUGGCUGGCGCCAUGUGUUCAGACAGUGCAGUGUAAUUCAUUAUGUACCGACAUGUCUCCUAAUAUAUGUGUAUGAUGUAGAGAA